CGCGAUACGUACGAGGGUCGUGUUAAUCUCCGUGAGAAAUUCAGAGAGCGUCCAUUUUGUCCGGUAUUUUACGAGCAGGGUCACAGCAAAGAAACAUCUGGGUCCAAGCGCAUCGCAUCCUCAACUGUCAAGCAUAGCUGUGUUGGUUUAGGUAGUGGACACUCAUCACAAUUCACGACUGCAAUGGCGGAUGCGGCUAUUUCAUUUUUAAAGGAUUUUUUAGCAGGUGGAGUUGCUGCUGCUAUUUCCAAAACCGCAGUAGCACCCAUUGAAAGAGUCAAAUUACUGCUGCAGGUCCAACAUGCCAGCAAACAGAUCAGCGCAGACAUGCAGUACAAGGGCAUCAUCGACUGCGUGGUGCGCAUCCCCAAGGAGCAGGGCUUCGUCUCCUUCUGGCGCGGCAACAUGGCCAACGUCAUCCGCUACUUCCCCACGCAGGCCCUCAACUUCGCCUUCAAGGACAAGUACAAGAAGGUCUUCCUGGGCGGCGUGGACAAGCACACGCAGUUCUGGCGCUACUUCGCGGGGAACCUGGCGUCGGGGGGCGCCGCGGGGGCCACCUCCCUCUGCUUCGUCUACCCGCUGGACUUCGCCCGAACCCGCCUGGCCGCCGACGUGGGCAAGGCCGGCGCGACCCGAGAGUUCUCCGGGCUCGGCGACUGCCUGGCCAAGAUCUUCAAGUCGGACGGCCUGAAAGGCCUCUACCAGGGCUUCAACGUCUCCGUGCAGGGCAUCAUCAUCUACCGAGCGGCCUACUUCGGCGUCUACGACACGGCUAAAGGCAUGCUUCCGGAUCCCAAGAACACUCACAUCAUGGUGAGCUGGAUGAUCGCGCAGAGCGUCACAGCCGUGGCGGGCGUGGUGUCGUACCCCUUCGACACCGUGAGGCGUCGCAUGAUGAUGCAGUCCGGCCGUAAACAAGCGGACAUCAUGUACUCCGGCACGCUGGACUGCUGGCGGAAGAUAGCGCGGGAGGAAGGCGGCAAAGCGUUCUUCAAGGGCGCCCUGUCCAACGUGCUGCGCGGCAUGGGGGGGGCCUUCGUGCUGGUCCUGUACGACGAGUUCAAAAAAUAUGUCUAGGUUAAACCCCCCCUCAGUAGCUCGGACAAUAAAGAAUAUAAGAAUACCUGGUACUACUGAGGCCUGUUACACUCACACCAAGUCCCUCAUUUCCAGUAGAGUAUAUCUGGGGUCCUGGUCAUAUUUAGCUGUAGUGGCCAACAACGUCCUCAAAUUGUUGACCUGUGAACUUUCCGUUUUAGGCACUAUGUACUUAAUUUUUGUUCUGUUGACCUUUUUUGCACAACUGUCAGGAACGCAAGUUCUUUUGACCUGGGGCAUUCAAAGAUAAUAAAAAUAUUGGGGAAAGAA